AUGGCUUUCAAAUUGCUCAAGAGACUGUUCAUUGCUGAACUUAUUCUCAAGCACCUUGACCCUGAUUAUCCCUUUAUCAUCCAAGCUGAUGUAGCACUACACUUCUUUUUGAAAAGAAUUGAAUUUAACAACAGCGUUGGAGAUGAAAUUUCUUUUGAUGAGAAAGGAGAACUGGUUACAGGUCUGGAUCUUGAAAAAUGGGUCACUUUCCCCAACCUGUCCUUUCAUUGGAUGAAAGUUGGGAAGCUGGAUCCCUGGGCUGCUGAAGACAAAUGUUCACCAUUUAUGAGGAAGCAUCACUUGGCCCAGCACUUUCAACCAACAGGUGACUUCAUCAUUGGUGGCAUUACAUCUUUUGUCUUCAUAAGCAGAAAUGUAGAAAGGUUUGAGGAAGUUCCCAAGCAUUUUGAUGAUGGUGAAUCGCAAGUCCUGAUCAAAUAUUAUCAGCAUAUUUUGAGCUUGGUAUUUGCUGUGAAGAAGAUCAAUGAAGAUCUCCAGCUCUUACCUAACAUCACGUUGGGCUUCAGAAUAUAUGACACUUAUGGCGGAGAAUAUACAUACCAUGCCACAAUGGAAGUUCUCUCCAAUCAGAACCAAUUCAUUCCCAACUACAAAUGUAGCAUUCUGAACAACCUUGUAUCAGUUGUUGGGACUCUUGAUCCUGCAAUUUCUUUUGAUAUGGCAGAUAUUUUAAGCAUUUAUAACAUUCCACAGUUCCUAUAUGGCCCUCCUCCAAGCAUUAAUGGUAAAACUGAAAUCCCCUUCUACUAUCACAUGGUUCCAGAUGAAGAUUUCCAUUUUAGGGGAAUUCUUCAGCUACUUCUGUACUUUAAGUGGACCUGGAUUGGGAUACUUGUGAAAGGAUAUGGCGGAGCAAAAUUUGAACAACUAAUUUUUUCAUGGUUAUCUCUUCAUGGUAUAUGUAUUGCCUUCUUAGAACAACUCCGAACAAUUUAUAUCGAUAAUGUGGAUGAUGGAUUGAAAUGGUUUGUGGAGACAUUUCAUCUUUUUACUAACAGCAAAGCUAAUGUUGUAAUAAUAAAUGAUAAAUAUGUUUUACAUUUGAGGUGGUUGCUAUAUCUGCCUGAAAUGGAAAUGGUUUCUAUACAGCCAAAAGGUAAGGUGUGGAUCAUUGCUUCCCAAAUGAUUCUUGCAUCAUACUUUUAUCAGAAGAGCUGGGAUAUCCAAGUUCUCCAUGGUGCACUGUCCUUUGCAGCUUAUUCAAAUGAAGUUGAAGGAUUCCAGCAUUUUCUCCAGUCAAGAAAGCAUUUCUUAUUCUUUCACCAAGAUGGCUUUAUAAAAGAUAUGUGGGAGCAAGCAUUUGGCUGUGAAUUUCCAGAUCAAUCUGCAAAUGUGGAAACUGAGGGUAUCUGCACUGGGAAUGAGAAAUUGGAGAGCCUACCUGGGGCAUUUUUUGAAAUGCGGAUGACCAGUCCCAGUUACAAUAUAUAUAAUGCAGUGUAUGCUGCGGCACAUGCUUUACAUGCCAUACAAGUGACUCAACAACCACAUAAGAGAAAGCUGAGUGGUGGGAAACCUAAUCUUCAAGAUAUACAGCCAUGGCAGGUAAUCUGUUCCUGCUUUGGUCUUCCAAAUCUUACUUAUUCUCUAACUCCUCUCUGCAGCUUAGCUUUUGCCUAUGCUGUCCCUCCCUGUGAUGGGCAAACCUUGAUCCAAGUAACUCAGCAGCAUCUUUGGGAAGAUUCAAGUCUCUUACCAAAUCAUUCAUCUCCUCCUGAGAAAACAAUUUUGGUCUUGUAUCAUCUUCAAAGUCAGAACUUGAUUCAUCAUCUGGUUCAGCUUCAUUAUUUUCUGAAAAGAAUUGCUUUUAAUAACAGCAUUGGAAAUGAAAUUUCUUUCCAUGAGAAUGGAGAACUUAUUACAGGACUGGAUAUUGAGAACUGGGUCACAUUCCCCAAUCAAUCAAUUCAUCGAGUGAAAGUUGGGAAGCUGGAUCCUUGGGCUGCUGAAGACCAAAUGUUCACCAUUCGUGAGGAAGACAUUACCUGGCCAAGCACUUUCAAUCAACUACACUUCUUUUUUAAAAGAAUUGCAUUUAACAAUAGUGCUGGGGAUGAAAUUUCUUUUGAUGAGAAAGGAGAACUGGUUACAGGUCUGGAUCUUGAGAACUGGGUCACAUUCCCCAACCAGUCCUUCCAUCGAGUGAAAGUUGGGAAGCUAGAUCCCAGGGCUGCUGAAGACCAAAUGUUCACCAUUCAUGAGGAAGCCAUCACCUGGCCCAGUACUUUCAAUCAAGCCAUGGUGAUAUUGAUUCUUUUCCUAAACUUGCUAUGUGUGUCUUGCAAACCUCAAACAGUGACAUGUGAAAUCCAAGAUGCUAUCCCAAUUGUUCACAAAUAUUUUCAACCAGGUGACCUCAUCAUUGGUGGCAUUACUUCGUUCAUCUUCAUAAGUAGAGUUGUAGAGCACUUUGAGAAGGUUCCCAAGAAUUCUGCUGUUGGUGAACCACUACACAAAACUUUAUUUGAUACAGCAUCUAAUUGCCAUUGCAGAGUUCUGAUCAAGUUUUAUCAGCAUAUUUUGAGCUUCAUAUUUGCUGUGAAGAAGAUCAAUGAAGACCUUCAGCUCUUACCUAACAUCACCUUGGGCUUCAGAAUAUAUGACAGUUAUGGUGGAGAGUACUCAUAUCAUGCCACAAUGGAACUUUUUUCAAGUCAGAACCAAUUAAUUCCCAAUUACAAAUGUGGCAUCCUGAACAAACUCAUAUCUGUUGUCGGAACUCUUGAUCCUGAAUAUUCUUUUACUAUUGAAGACAUUUUAGGCAUUUACAGGGUUCCACAGUUCUUAUAUGGUCCUCCUCCAAGUAUCAAUGGUAAAACUGAUAUCCCCUUUUAUUACCACAUGGUUCCAGGAUGCGGUGGUGAGACCCCUCCUNUCCUCUGUUUCCUUUGCUCACUGCAGUUCCUCAUUGCACCUGGAAAUAUAAUAUGUCUCCUGCGACAAAUUAGUUUUGGCAUCAUCUUCUCAGUGGCUGUGUCUUCUGUGCUAGCAAAAACCAUCACUGUAAUUAUGGCUUUCAUGGCUACCAAGCCAGGAUCCAGGAUGAGAAAAUGGUUGGGAAGAGGUCUGGCCACCUCCAUUGUUUUUACUUGUUCCCUGAUUCAAGUUGGCAUCUGUACAGUAUGGCUCAUCACAUUUCCUCCUUUUCCUGAUAUUGACACCCAUUCAGAAAUGGAAGAAAUCAUAUUGCAGUGCAAUGAAGGCGCAACUACCAUGUUCUACUGUGUCCUGGGCUACAUGGGCUUUCUGGCAUCUGCCAGUUUCACCGUUGCUUUUUUAUCCCGGAAACUCCCCAGCAGUUUUAAUGAGGCCAAAUGCCUCACUUUCAGCAUGCUGAUCUUCUGUAGUGUGUGGCUCUCCUUUGUUCCAUCCUACCUGAGCACCAAAGGCAAAUACAUGGUGGCUGUGGAAGUUUUCUCCAUUUUAGCAUCCAGUGCUGGGUUGCUGGGCUGCAUAUAUUUCCCCAAAUGUUACAUUAUCAUCAUUUUGCCACAGCUUAACAAUAAAGAACAACUAAUUAAGAGAAAAAGUUAA